CUGGUAGAGCCAUCUAUCGGUAGGUCCGGUAGUUGAGCAUCCCUCAUUUCGUUAGAUUUAGACGCCUGUGAUUUGUGCUAAGGAGUGUUUACCACAGUCUGUAUUUACACCAGUUUUUGUGAGGCAAGGAACCGCAUGAGGUGGACGCAUGUUUGAUGCAUACGAUUACAGCGUGUGUGAAAUAAACUGGAGAAGGCGUGAAGCUUAAACGUGAAGACUGGUACACGGGAGUCUGCACAAUGUCGGAGCUCUAUGUGUUGUUUGAACAUGCAGCUGGAUAUGCCAUAUUCAGAGUCAAGGAGUUUGAAGAAGUAGGGAUGCUCUUGCCACAAGUUGAAGCUUCUGUAACAGAUUUAAGCCGUUUCAAUCAAGUUGUCAAACUUAUCAGUUUUGCACCUUUCAAAACUGCAUCAUCAGCCUUGGAAAAUAUAAAUGGCAUCUCAGAAGGAUUGCUACCAGAAGAUUUGCGCCUUGUUUUGGAGACUCAUUUACCCAGAAAAAAGAAAUCUGUUGUAACUCUGGGUGUUUCUGAACCUAAACUUGGGGCAGCAAUCACAGAAGCAUUGGGCAUAACAUGCCAGCAUACAGCCCCAAUUCCAGAAAUAGUAAGAGGAAUCCGCUACCAUUUUCAUGGGUUGGUAAAAGGAUUUACAGCAAAAACUGCAGGUGUUGCUCAGCUUGGUUUGGGGCAUAGUUAUUCGCGUGCCAAAGUAAAAUUUAAUGUGCACAGAUCUGACAAUAUGAUUAUUCAAAGUAUUGCUCUGUUAGAUCAGUUGGACAAAGAUGUAAACACAUUUUCAAUGAGAAUCAGAGAAUGGUAUUCAUACCAUUUCCCAGAGCUGGUGAAGAUAGUACCUGAAAAUUAUAUGUAUGCAAGAGUGGCAAGACUUAUUGGAAACAGGAAGGAGUUUACUGAAGAUAAACUUGAAGCAUUGGAGGAACUUGUUAUGGACAGUGCAAAAGCCCAAGCUAUCCUCAGUGCUUCGCGUUCUUCGAUGGGUAUGGAUAUAUCUCCUGUUGAUCUAAUGAACAUUGAGCUGUUUGCUGCAAGAGUUGUCGCUUUGUCUGAUUAUCGCAAGCAGCUUGCUAAUUAUCUCCAUACUAAAAUGGAAAGUGUAGCUCCAAAUCUAGCUACUCUUGUUGGUGACCAAGUUGGUGCACGCCUCAUAUCACAUGCAGGCUCCCUCACAAAUCUUGCCAAGUUUCCAGCCUCUACAGUACAAAUACUUGGUGCAGAAAAAGCGUUAUUCAGGGCACUCAAAACUCGAGGUAAUACUCCGAAGUACGGCCUACUAUUUCAUUCAACAUUUAUUGGUCGUGCUGGGCUGAAAAACAAAGGCCGAAUUUCACGAUACCUGGCCAAUAAAUGUGCGAUUGCAUCUCGAAUAGAUUGUUUCUCAGAAAAACCAACAAACAUAUUUGGUGAAAAAUUAAAGCAGCAAGUGGAGGAAAGACUUACAUUUUAUGAAUCUGGUGAGCUGCCACGAAAAAAUAUAGAAGUAAUGCAAGAAGCUAUGCAGGAAGUUGCACAGUUACAGGCGGCGACAGCAGCUGCCAAAAAGAAAAAGAAGAAGGAUAAGAAAAGAAAAUCAGAGUGCCUGGAUGAAAGUGUUACAAAUGAUGCUAGUGUUGAAAAUGGAGACAUUACUCUUGAACCUCCAAAGAAGAAGAAAAAGAAGAAGGUGAAACUCCAGCAAGAAGUUGAAUAAUAAACCUAGCUGCUUUGCCUGGUUACUGAAAACUAUAAUGUUGUGACCACUUAGGGACUGAAAAAAAAAGUACUGCUAAGUACUUAUGGAAAUAAGAUUGAAGCUAUCAAUAAGAUUUUACAACAUAAUUACUUGUACAGCUCUAAGUAUCUGGAAGUCGCAGUGAAAUUGAAAACACACACACACACACACACACACACACACACACACACAC